AUAAGAACAGUCUCCACUUACACAAACAAAAUUUCAGUUGGGCUUCUUCCCACUUCACAAUUUCUCCAAAACCAAAAACCUCUCCUUCUUCCUCUCAAGUCUAGACGCUUCUUCACAUAAACCCCACCACCCACCUCCACUCUUUUCUCCCCCUAUGUCUUUAGAUUCCCACAUUGAGAGAGUCCUCUGGACGCCCGACCAAAUCUCUCACCGGGUCGCCCAGCUCGCCGCUCAUAUCACCCUCGAUUUCCAACCCGUUUCGCCGCCGCCCGUCGUGGUGGGUGUCGCCACUGGUGCUUUCUUGUUCUUGGCCGACUUGGUCCGCCAAAUCCCGCUUCCUGUCUCCGUUGAUUUCGUUCGCGCUGAAUCCUACGGCUCCGGUACUCAGUCUAAUGAAGCACCAUCCGUUUCCAUUAAUCUUAAAGUCGAUGUUCAGGACAAGCACGUUAUCCUGGUUGAAGACAUUGUAGAUACAGGAUGCACUUUAUCUUGUCUCAUUGCACACCUGAAAUCAAAAGGAGCAUCCUCUGUAUCAGUAUGCACUCUACUUGAUAAGCCGGUGAGACGAAAGGUUGAGGUGGAGCUUGUGGGUGAAGGGAAAUUCUAUUGUGGGUUUCAGUGUCCAGACUACUUUGUUGUAGGCUACGGAAUGGACUUUGCUGAACUAUACAGGAACCUACCAUAUGUUGGUGUGUUGAAGCCGGAAUACUACAAGUAAUUUUGAUUUGCAACUUCCCCUGGAGCAGGUUAAUGAAGUAUUCAAUGAAGUAGAACCUUAGUAAUGUUCAUAGAAUAUUGAUUUUACUAUCAAGUGUAGUUCUCAUUUUAGUUCCUGAUAAGAUAAAUAGUGCUAGGUUACAGCGAUCUCUAUAUUAGGUUGAUUAUUUGUCUUCUGAUUCAUAAAUUUGAAUCAGUUUUUAGUCUUGGAAUUUUGAAUUAGAACUCUAUAUUUUCCCAUUGGGAAGCCAUGAAAUACUUAGUUCAUUUCAAAGUUGUCAUAAAACAAAAUUGAAUUUAUUCUGAUUAGUUGAAAGUUGCAAAUCUAUGAAACAUGUUGUUAUCUUGGUUUGAUAUGCAAUUAGAUUAGACAAGUACUGCAUCCCUCUGAAUCAGCGUUCUAUUUAGGACCAAUUGAACUCCAUGAGAUAAAAGCUCCGAUGUUCCUCUAGUAGCUCAUUGGUUUUGUGAUCAGAUAUUAACUGAC